AAACCUGCAAGCAUGAAUGGCACGGAGGGGCCAGACUUCUACGUGCCCAUGUCCAAUCUCACUGGGGUGGUACGAAGCCCCUAUGAGUACCCUCAGUACUAUCUGGCGGAACCAUGGGUGUUUUCUACUAUCGCUGCCUACAUGUUCUUCCUCAUCAUCACGGGAUUUCCCAUCAACUUCCUGACCCUCUAUGUUACCAUUCAGCACAAGAAGUUAAGGACCCCUCUAAACUACAUCCUUCUAAACCUGGCUAUUGCUGACCUCUUUAUGGUGGUUGGUGGAUUUACCACUACAUUAUACACCGCCAUGCAUGGCUACUUUGUCUUCGGUCGAACGGGUUGCAACAUUGAAGGAUUCUUUGCCACCCAUGGCGGUGAGAUUUCCCUGUGGUCUCUGGUAGUCUUGGCUAUUGAGAGAUGGGUAGUUGUUUGCAAACCUUUCAGCAACUUUCGGUUUGGAGAGGAUCACGCCAUCAUGGGCGUCGCCUUUACCUGGAUCAUGGCAUCUUCUUGUUCGAUGCCUCCGCUUUUCGGCUGGUCCCGUUACAUACCUGAGGGAAUGCAGUGCUCGUGUGGCAUUGACUACUACACCAUGAAGCCGCACAUCAACAAUGAGUCGUUCGUCAUCUACAUGUUCCUUGUUCAUUUUACCAUUCCGUUGACCAUCAUCUCGUUCUGCUAUGGCCGUCUAGUCUGUGCGGUGAAGGCGGCCGCCGCCCAGCAACAGGAGUCCGAGACAACGCAGAGGGCCGAGCGUGAGGUCACCCGCAUGGUUGUCAUUAUGGUCAUCGCAUUCCUGGUCUGCUGGCUGCCUUAUGCCAGUGUGGCCUGGUACAUCUUCACCAAUCAAGGGACUGGAUUUGGACCAAUUUUCAUGACGGUACCUUCUUUCUUUGCCAAGAGCUCAGCCCUGUACAACCCUCUCAUCUACAUCUGCAUGAACAAGCAAUUCCGCCAUUGCAUGAUUACAACUCUGUGCUGUGGCAAGAACCCGUUUGAGGAAGAGGAAGGAGCCUCUACCACUGCUUCCAAGACAGAGGCCUCAUCUGUCUCCUCCAGCUCUGUGUCACCGGCAUAA